CGUCCUCUGGAAAUCACAACGAUGGGCAGUGUUUUGGCUGCCAGCUCCCCCAACCCUGCACCACCUGCCUCCGGCGGCGCUGCUGCUGCUCCUGGGUUGACGGUGCCGCCUGGCUUUGGGAUGCCUCCGGUGUCCCCCGUAAUCCCCCCUGCCGGGGCCGCCUCGGGACAGGAGCAGGAGGCCGAAACACCUUUGCCUAACCCGGGUGCUUUUGAUGAGUGUCAUCGCAAGUGCAAAGAGGUUUUCCCCAUGCAGAUGGAAGGCGUCAGGCUAGUUGUCAACAAGGGCCUUAGCAACCACUUCCAGGUGAAUCACACGGUGCUGCUGAGCACCAUGGGAGACUCUACCUACAGGUUCGGUGCUACAUAUGUUGGAACAAAGCAGAUGGGUCCAGCGGAGUUUUUUCCAGUCAUGGUGGGAGACAUGGACAACAGUGGCAGCCUCAACGCGCAGGUCAUCCACCAGAUCAGCAGCAGGAUACGAUCCAAACUGGCCUUCCAG